AUGGAAGAGAUAGACGAUGAGGCCCAGAUAGUCCAUUCUGGUGACUUGAAGGUGAAUACGGUUUCUGCAACAGCGGGGCCAGAGCAGGAGGAAGAAGAAGAAAACAUCCAGGAUUGGAAAGCCUUUAACAAGCAGGUUGCUAGAUCUGCUGCUUCACUGGCACCUAGUUCUGAAGCCAUACCCGCAAGGGGUGAGAAGGACUUCGAGCCUGACGGGACUACUGUUCAGAAUUCUUUGCUUGACGAAUCAAGAAACGAAAUGUAUGCUGCAUUGCUGGGGUUGAGAGGCCAUCCUUUGAAAUCAACUGUUACAGCCGUAUGGAUUCCUAGCGAAGGUAAAGCCCUUAUUCUUCAUGCUAAGGGUAAUUUUUUCAAAGACAUAGGGAAACCGGUUCAUAUCCCUUUAAUAAAGAAGGCACAGGGGGUGUGGCUAAGUCCAGUGGAGACAGUGUACCUAGUCGAAAGAGGAUCGGUGAUUUGCUACUUGAGCAACGAUGAAUUCGAGAACUACUUGAAAAUAGGUGGUGACGAGGGGUUUGACUAUAGAAAUCGGUUGCGUCAACUCACCCUAAGUCAUGUUUACUCACUUGCAUUCUGUGUGGAUGGUGAUUUAAUAGAUAAGUAUCAAGUAUAUUCGUAUUUGAAAAGAUCGGGUUAUAUCGUCCAAGAUUUCAGACUAAUUACCCCGGAACAAAGCCAGUCAUUAGCUUUAUUGCAUAAUAAAAAACGGGACUUAUUUCCUCUUGGACAGCAUCUUAUCAGAAGGUUAUGUGGUUUUUUUUCUUUCCCAAUUUUCAAUAAGUUAGCUUCUGCAGCAUAUUCUAUUUGUCGUCAUUUUCAACCUAGUCAUUUUUUCAGCUAUACUUCACUUUUCAAAUCAUUGCAGUUCAUUCCGUCAUACUCUACUUAUGAUACAUUAAAGCCAGAACUCUAUCCCAACCUUACUACGGACUAUAAAUUAGCAUACAAUGUUUGGAAACCAAUGCAAGGUUUUUCUAAGAAAAACCCACCUCCACCGGACUUUCAAGUUUGUAUAAUAAACACCGGUCAGAAUCAUUUAUUCCCCACGCUUCAAGAUAUCCAAUGUCUCUUCAACCAAAUCAAUCAUACAUUCCCAUCCCAAAAUAAUGACGAAGGGAAAAAAUCAAAAGAAGAUAAACCAAAAAAGACUAGCUCUUCUCAACCAACAAAAAGAGAAAUUAAGCAACAACGCCAAAAGGAAAGAGCUGCAAAAUUGGACCCAAAGAUCCAGAAAAGAAAUGAAUAUUUGAAACAACGUGAUCACCACUUAAAAAAUGGUCUGAACGGCCGUACAUUAAUGUUGGCCGUGAUAGAUAACGGAGUAAUAAGUUUUAACAAAUUGAGUGAAGCCGACUUCACCUUGAAUAAUGAUCUGACGUCAAGGUUUGAAAUAAGUUUAGUCUUCCAUUCAAACUAA